AUGACGACGACGACCACCCAGACGCAGACGCGCAGCCACGCCGGCCACUCGCACGGCCACCACCACCACAGCCACGACAACACCUUCCUGCUCUCCAAGAACAAAAAAGACGCCGGCGUGCGCAUCACGCGGAUCGGCCUGUAUGUCAACCUGGGCAUGGCGGUGAGCAAGGGGUUCGGGGGUUACGUCUUCAACAGCUCGGGUGACCUCAGCGACCUGGUUAGCGAUGUCAUGACGCUUGCGACGGUCGGGUGGUCGCUCAAGCCAGCAUCCAGUCGCUUCCCCAGCGGCUACGGCAAGGUCGAGAGUCUAGGCUCGCUGGGUGUCAGUGGGAUACUCCUGAUUGGGGGCUUCAUGAUGGGCUGGUCGUCUCUGAUCGCCUUGUUGCAGCAGUUCUUCCCCGAGGCCACCGAAAUCGCAUCGAGCUGGGGGCUACUGCCACACAGUCACGGACACAGCCACGGCGCUGACGACCUGGGUCCGAACAUCAACGCUGCGUGGCUGGCGGCAGGGUCCAUAUUGGUCAAAGAGUGGCUGUAUCGAGCGACCCUGAAGGUCGCCAUCGAGCGCAAAUCGACUGUCCUCGCAUCCAACGCCUACCACCACCGCGUCGACUCUCUGACCGCCUUCGUCGCCCUCCUCCUCAUCGCCGGAUCCAACGUGCUGAACAAUGCUUCUUGGCUAGACCCUGUCGGCGGACUGGUCAUCUCCCUCAUGGUAGUGCAGGCCGGCUGGGGCAACACAAAAUCCGCCCUCCUGGAACUAGCAGAUGUCGGCGUGGAAGACGAGAUGAAGGAUAACGUCCGGAAAGCGGCGACCGAGGCCGUUGCCAACAUCACCACCGCAUCCGAACAGGUGAAUGUGCGCCACGUUCAGGGUGUCAAGGCUGGACAAAACUUCCUCAUGGACGUGGAGCUCGGCGUGCCAGGCUCAUGGACAGUCGAGCAGACGCGCGGUGUGGAAGAUCUAGUGCGAGAACGCGUCGGCGCCAAAGUACGUGGCGUGAAGAAGGUUCGCGUGCGAUUCGUGACAAACUCUGCCGAGAUGCCCGACUUCAUGGACGAGUUCAUCAGCGGCGACACGACUGCUAUGUCAACUUCAGAGUCGGAGGACGAGCAUGACCACGAUCAUGACCACGAGCACAAGCACAGUCAGAGCACAAAUGGCGACGUGAGGAAGAGGUUAUAG